AUGACAGACCAAGAUGAACGGUUCAGACAGGAGGUUCUAGAGGCAUUCAAUGCAGGGCUCCGCAAUAUCUACAGCGAAGUAGACAAGGUGGAUGUAUUAGUUUCCAUCAACAGUUUCAGCUUUCACUUUACCAAUGAUAUCUCCCCCAGACCUUCGCCAGAGUCCGAAGAGAUCCAACAACAAUUGUGUGUACUGUGGAGUAUGUUUCUGGAAACAGCAAAGAUACUUGAAGAGGGACACCCUUUUCAAGAAAAGCUUCUUUCAUUACUUCUGUGGACGAAGGAGUUUGACUCGCUUCAUAGAAGCAUCCAUUGUACAGAGACUGUCGCCUGCGCCUGGGACUUAUACCGUUUUGGCGAGAGCUUGCAAGCUACAUGGGAAGAGGUCAUCAAUACUGGCACUACCUCGCAGCAGUGCAACCUUGCUUCCUUUUCAGCUAAGGUCCUGUCAGCGGGCAUCUGUCGAGAUGAAAUUUCUCUAACAGCACUCCGGUAUCUGCGCGAAGCUCUCGAGACAGAUGAAGAGGCGAAGACAAUCGCACUGCUUCCUGCAGCUGCGGUUUGGAUCGAUGAUUCUCGCCACAUGCUUCUCGCCUUCUCAGUUCAAAACAGAUUCUAUGGGGAGCAGUUCAAAGUUCACCUGGCAACUCCCGGGGAGCUAGCACGGAGAGCGAAUAUCUCCCAGCGAGGCUUUAGCCUGAAAAGAUGGCUUUUCUGGAGAGAGCGCCUAAAAAAAACUCAGUCAUAG